AUGUAUAAAACAACAUUUAUGGGAAUUGAGAGGACAGUGUCCGAUCUCAUAUCCGGUGAUAGCACAAAAAGGGUCAACGGUGUUAUAAAAUUUCUUGCAGAGGAUUUUCAUGUUCAUGAGAUCAAUGUAAAUGGUGAAAUACUUAAUGUUUGCAAAUAUGUCCCAUUAGAAAAAAUAUCUAGGGCAAUGGAACAUAUGAAUAGGGUAAAUACCGGUGAAGAUUUUUUGCGCAAAUAUGAUUCAUCAUUUGUUUUUCCUGAAACAAUGCUCACAGAUGGUGAUUUUACACGUUUACGUAUAAUGUUAGAUAUGCUGAAAGGGCUUUUGUUAAAAGCCAAGAUGUCUGAGGAAGGUAAUGAUAGCUCUGCUGUUGAUCAAAUUUACUCGUUACAUAUUUGCAAAGUAAAAGAGGAUAUGAAAUCCAUCAGAACAGGUGUGCAUAAUUGGGUUCGGGAAUAUUUACCGUUUCUGGAAUCUAAAAGUUUAAACAUGAAAUCAAUAAGGAAAGAUGAGAAUAUGAUGAAAUAUCUGGAACCUUACAAUGAUGAAUUCGCAUCUCUGGACGAUAAUUAUAACAUAGUACAUAUAUCUCCUAAACCUGUUUGCUUAAAAAAGAUACGGUCGAAAUGGAAUAUUUAUAAAGAUUCUGAGGGGGCUCAAUCAUAUGAUGAGAGUCUACAACAGAGGCAUGAUAAUCUUGUUAAAAAUGAUAGUGACACACCUAUAGAAACUGUGCAAGAUCUGGUAAAGGAAGUUGAUUGUACUGAUUAUAGUAACUGGUCUUCUAACUACAAGGACAAUGUAAGGUUACGAAAGUAUCUUCAUUUUACGAUGCUAAAAAUGAAUAGGGAUACAUCAGAAGUUGUAAACAUGUUGUGUAAGUGUAGUAAAAGAGCGAGUUUUGAUGUUUUUACUGCAGGAAAUAAGGAUAGACGUGCUAUAACCGUUCAGAGAAUGUGUAUGCGAAGGAGUGAUAUCUCGGAAAUGUUCGAGACUAUGAGUAAAAAGGGAUGGUUUAAAGAUGUUUAUCUGUCAGAUUUUGUAUAUAGUGAUGAAAGAUUACAUUUGGGAGAACUUUCUGGAAAUUUUUUCAAAGUUGUUGUAAGAGGGCUUGAUGUCCCACCCACGGAUACAUCUUCUGCCUCUAGUCAUACGGAUGAUAAGUGUAUAAGUUAUAUCAUAGAUACUCGUGUUAACUAUUUACGUGAGUAUGGCUUUAUCAACUACUUUGGUUUGCAAAGAUUUGGGUCCAUGCUUGUAGGUACCCAUAUUGUUGGAGCGGCAAUUAUCAAGCAUGAUUAUGAAUCAGCAGUUCGACUCAUUUUAGGUGAUGUCGAAUCUGCCAAGAGUUUCCCAUGGUUUGAAAAAUAUCUGUCUACUAGUGAUGCGGGAAUGUCUGAUGUGGAUACCUCAGAGUCUGUAGUCACACCACUCAAAACAUCUGUGGGAUCUUCAGAUCCAGAAAGGAAAUAUAAAAGAGCAGUUGACUACUACUUGAAGGAUAAUGAUGCAAAAUCUGCACUGGAAUUCCUUCCAAAACAUUUGUAUAUUGAAAAGAGUUUGUUGAAGGGUUUGGAUGAAAAGUUGCCAUUUGACAAAUGCCUGGGUAAAAUUCCUAAAAAUAUCCUAAGUAUUUACGUCCAUGCUACUCAAAGUCUGAUAUUCAAUAAAGCUGUUAGCGAGAGGCUUUCAAAGUUUGGUUAUGAACCUGUUGUUGGCGAUCUCGUAAGUACGGGCGUUCCGGAUGAAGACGAAGAGGAGGGAGAUGAAGUUCCUAAAAAUAAUAAAAGACGGCAAAUUAUCGAAAUUACUAAUGAAGAUGAAGUUAAAAGGUAUAGUAUUAAUCAGGUUGUUCUGCCCCUUCCUGGUGACGAUGUACAGUAUCCACCUAACAUGGUUGAAACUUACAAGAAGACGUCACUGGAAGAAUUUGGAAUUCCUCUAGAAAUGUUCUCUACAUGUCGUGAGAAAUCAAAACGUAUUGUAUCCAUUGGUGGUUCUUAUAGGUUUAUAGUUGUAAGGCCUAGGGACGUCAGCUAUAGGCUCAUAGAGCCUCUAAAAAACCCAUUUGAAAUACUAGUACCAUCACCAAUCUCUCAGUCUGGUCUCGGUAAUAUAGAAAGUAUACUUAAGGAUGGAUCCAAAUAUGCUGAAAGAAUGAACAGAAUAUCUAAGGAGUUGGUAAACAAGAGAGCUGUCGUACUCACCUGCUCAUUACCGAAAUCAUCAUAUAUUACCAUGGCAAUCCGUGAAGUAUUCACUGAUAAAACAAUUGAAAAUUUGUAG